AAAUCGUCAUCAGAGCGGCAUCCCGGUCCACGUAAAGCUUCGCUGGCGCUGUCGGAGUUCAUUUAGCUGCAGAAGUCGUCGUCUUGUUCAAGACUUACCACAGAUCACAAGAUAAAAAUGCCUGGACCUGCAGCUAGCGCAGCCAACGUCGGCUCCUCCAGCCGCUCCCCCAGUAAAACAGUGGCACCUCGGGCAGCUGGCUCCACAGUCAGGCAAAGGAAAGCGGCAGGCAGUGGCACACGGUCGGCGGGCAGAGCCACGGCCUCCGCAGGCACAGGAGGAAUGUGGCGCUUCUAUACCGAGGACUCACCAGGACUUAAAGUUGGGCCAGUUCCGGUUCUGGUAAUGAGUCUGCUUUUCAUAGCGUCUGUCUUCAUGCUGCACAUAUGGGGAAAGUACACCCGCUCCUAAGCCCCAGUGACCUUUGAACUUUGAUACACCCCCAAAACAACAAAUAAGCCACUGGACCUGGACCAAACACUCUACCUAUUUUUCUUAACUCUCUCAGCCAUUUCAGUGGUUUCACUCACCCUUGCCUGCAACAGUUUACUCUCCAGACAUGGACAUAUAUAAACAUUUUUUUUAGUUGCUAACCUUUUGUACAGACUAUUCUGAAAAACUGUACAAUAAAACACCCUGAAAUGUCA